AUGAGUUAUCCAAUAACUCUUGAACACGAUCUAGUAGAACACCCCUGGGGCUGGGAUUGUUUUACGUGUAACGAAAAGACCACUAAGCGCGCUGCCCGCAUCCUGGCACUCCUCUGCUGCGCUGCGGCGGUAGGUGGGUCUGUCCUGGUAUUCGCCCCAUUAGAAAUCGAUGCAUUUGGAUUUGGAGUCUUCCUACUCGUGGCCGCCGGGUUCUUCCUAGUUUUCUCUGCGCUGUUAUUCAAGCGGGCUUCGAGGCUGAAGGCACAUCCCGCGUCACAGCCUGGCGAUCGUACGAACCUGUGGAACCCGCGUCUCCCCUUUCAUGCGGGACCGUCCUACCAAGCGCUGGAAGAACUGGUCGACCCACUUUCCAACACGGCUGCGGAAACGCCAACCGACAAUGAUGGGUUGAAACCAAGCGAACAGUGGAUGCGCGAUGCAUUUAAUGCAUUUGAUGCUAACUCGGAUGGAUUAAUUUCGCCAGCGGAGCUCCGUGCUGUCAUGGUGUGCGCUGGUGAUCCGAUAAGCAUGGAAAACGCAGAGGAGAUGGUGUGGGGUGCGGACAUGGAUCACGAUGGUCACGUGAAUUUUGAAGAAUUCGUACGCAUGAUGCGUCUGAAGAUGCGCGACACUGAUAACUUCGCUCAAGCGCCGGAUGCCUUCCGUGUAUUUGACCCAAAUGGCGAUGGAAUGAUCGAUGCAAUCGAACUACGCCAUGUGCUGGCAAAUCUGGGAUUUCACUUCAGUAUUGCACAAGUGGAUCAGAUGAUUCAAGAGGGAGACCCCGACGGGAAUGGAAAGAUAAAUUACCGCCAAUUUGCUCACAUGAUUGGCAAUCUGUAG